AACCAUGGCUGAUGCCAGAGCCUCUGAUUAGAACUGUAUUGCCUGCCUUUCUACAAUAUCACCGCCUACGCAAAUCCGCUCACACCAGAUGACUCGACUCCCCGCCACCGUUUCGGUCUGAUAUGUUGCUGCCUCAAGUCGUCUCUGCCGUCAACCUCAGCUGAUCCCAUUGGCCCCGCCUCCACGCGCGUUCAAGAUCUGUUUGCGACUCCACUUUGAGAUGCUGGUGUGGCCUAUUUUCCAGCCUAUCUUCCAGAGCUCGAUGCACAUGUGCUAUGUCUGAGAGCGGCGAUUUUCAUUGUGAUUGAUACUGAUCGUCAUGCUGUCUUAUCCCGCAACCUUAAGACUUUACACUGUCGGAUUAUUUCAUCUCAAGGAGAUCUUCAUGUUGUCAAUCACCCUGAAUCUCUUUUAAGCUAUUUUUGCGCGAAUCCACACCAUAAGGCUGAUUGACGAUGAGUGGCAUACAGCGGUUUCUCACCAAGCGUGGGGAGAAACAUAGGCGUGCUAGAAAGCAGGAUAAAGAGAUACCUAGCUUGGGUGUGCGUAACCAUCUUCGUGGUCUUUUUGUUUCAAGUGAACCUUCCUCUAAUCUCGACAAGGAUGAGGAGAAGAAGUUGAAAACGCUUGAGAAGAAGAUUGCUGCUAUAGGCAUACCUGAUUUGAAAUCCGAACAACUGCACGGCGCCCUUACAUCGGCUUAUGCGCAGGGGGAUAUCGAUAAGGCCUUUGAAUUGCUUCUUAUUGUAGAAGACUCGAUUGAAGGGAUCCUGCGAGAUUAUAGCUCGAGGACCAAACUUGUUGGAGCUGAGAAUCGCAACGGCGUGACCUGCUAUUUGGAUUCUCUUCUCUUUGCCAUGUUUGCGCGACUGGACUUUUUUGAGGCCAUUUUGUACAAAUCCUUCACCGAUGAUAGCGACCCGCGCAGAAAGCUGGUCAUCAUUCUCCGUAUGUGGGUAAAUAUGCUUAGGUCUGGGAAGCUCAUCACUACGGACAUUACUGAACACCUUCAGCAGUCUCUCUCUGACUGUGGCUGGCAAGACGCCGCUAAACUCCGCCAGCAAGAUGCCUCAGAAGCCUUCACUUUCAUCACAGAAAAGCUUGAGCUGCCUUUGCUUACGCUCAAGAUGGAUAUUUACCACACAGGAAAGGAGGAUACCCUUGACGACCAUAAAUUUGUUAACGAAAGAUUACUAGAAGUGGCUAUUCCUCCAGAACACACUGACGGGACCCCAAUAACUCUGGAAGAAUGUCUAGAGACUUAUUUCAAUAACAAGAUUGAGGUGAAGAGAUACAUGGGGAGACGUGGAACGGUCAGCUCCAUGAGAUCUUUCGAUUCAGCUACGAAGGGGGGUGCUAUUCACGUUGAAUCCAUCGAGAUUGGCUCGUCAACUUCAUCCCCCGUUAUGACAAACUUCCCUCAGGUUAAUUCUCCAAUAAAUGAAGAGGCUUCAAUACCACCUAUUCUACCUCGUCGUCCUAGCAUCGUUCAAGAGCGUUUCAUUCCCAAUCAGGAUCCCCAGGAUAGUCUUGUUCACCCUUCUCGACGAAGAAAAGGGAGCUAUCGGAAGGAGGUUAUGAUGCCUGCAUGGCAAUUUUUCAGCCUCAUUCCAUGGUACACCGAUAAUACUCCGACCAAUGACGCGCAGGUCGCUGCACACUUCUCUUCAAAGCGGCCUAUUUUGGGAAUAUGUUUGAAGCGAUAUUCUGUGUUGCCUAAUGGUAGUGCAAUCAGGCUCAACACCUUUAUCGACAUUCCAACCCAAAUUGGACUACCGCAUUUUAUUCAGGACGAUAGAUUGGACGAAAUGGGGCCUCUGUACGGCAACUUCAAGCUGUUGCUUCAAUCUGUCGUUUGUCAUAGAGGCAAUUCUGUGGAUUCGGGACAUUACAUCGCUCUUGUACGAGGGACUAAUUCUAACUCGACCCCUCCAGCUUCCAGCGAGUCUGACUCGAACUCUCCAGCGGCCUCUCAGGAAACAGAGCCUUGGAUGAGGUUUGAUGAUUUGGCCACUGAGCGUGUUACUUUGGUCAACAUUGAACAAGCUUUGAAGGAGGAAUCGCCAUAUCUUCUGUUCUACCAAAUAGUCCCCAUCGAUGACAAUGGGCUGACAGAAGUACAAAAUGAAAAUCGUACCUUAUUUGCGGAUCCUGAGGACUUGGAAAAUCAUGCUCAGAAACACCUGUCUGUCAUUGGUAGUGUGGGAGAAGUUCCUUCUGAUGCAUCUAUAUCAGCCUCUGUACGGCCAAGCCUCGAGAUCACAGUUCCAGAUGGCGCUUCGAAUGCCGAACAGGAAGUGUCUUUUAAAGAGACCACAGAUGAUGCUGAAAAUAGUGGCUUACGUCCUAGUACUGCCGGUCGCUCGGGUACUUCAACUGACCGUCGAUCAUUAUCUCUUCCUCGACGACGCUCGAAAGAUACGUCAAGUCGUUCCAGAAGCCGAGGUGCUGAUCAAGCAGAGAAACGGUUGAGCGCUGCCUUACGAUUCACAUUACGACUAAACAAGGAUAAAGGAUCCGAGAAUCAGGCUGAAAGUGCUGAUGAUGAAGACGACAAUGACUGGUCACUAGUUACUCCUCCGAAGGGAUCAGAAGUUCAGCAGAGUAAACAAGAACGUGACCCUGAGUCGAAACGCGAUGGAAAACAACGCCAGAAACAGCCUCAUGACAAGAAAGACAGGAAUAACCCUGAGAGAGAAUGUUCUGUCAUGUAAAUGCAAUCACCUCACCCUCCUCCCCAAAGAUUUCAAAGAAAUGAUACCCUUCAUGUCAAAGACAUUUUACUUCAUUGUGCUCUAGCGUUCAUUUUUCGCAUUUUUCAAACGCGACAUACAGGUUUUAGCCACUAUGGUGGUAGGAUUCGUAUCUCUAGAUCAAGACCGGUUAUCUCAUAAGUGGUGAUGAUAAACGCUUCAUUUUAAAGGGUAGUUUCAUAAAGUUAACAUUCUUCUUAUAAGCCAGCGUGAUAAAUAAAAGC